ACACACACUGCAGCCACAAAAACGCGCGGCGCGCGACGAGGGCGUCGCACACACACACUACCGACACACUACGAGCGCGACGCGACACGGCCGGCACGAGAGAAGCGGACGGCACACUUCAAAUUUGUAUGCGACCGCGCGCCUUCAAAUUGCGCCGAGCCCGGAUCGCGGCGCGGGCGACGGCACGGCCUUCAACUUGACGGCGACGGCGCGGCCUCGCGACGGCGGUACGGUGGCGGCCGUGUAUACAUGGAACUCACAAUCGAUGGACGCCGGCGUCCGGCCCAAAGGGGGUCUUCUACAUAAAGGGCCUCCGUCCCGGGUGCGUGUGGCAAUGCAGCGUCUAGUAUUAGAGACGCAAUCGCGCCCAGAAACAAUCCAUGCGCAGGUACAACGAGGGGUACUACCUCCUUGCAUCUUGGGAUUUUGGGAAGCUCUAAGCCACACCUAGUUGGACCACUGGGGCAUCGCCUCGUCGGCAGCGGUCUGACGAUCGGCGUCUGAGUACUAUGUAUACCUACAGUGAUGUGGAAGCAAUACAACCGGACACAGUGAUAGUGCGUUUUACGUGGUUAGUCAUUUGUUGUCAAGGGACUGCGCUUCUGCAUCGCCGUGCAGGGCUUCACGUGCGGCAGCGUCGAUUCGAUUAUGAAGUGGUACAUCAUGUGGCGGCGUGUGCUGGACAAGUGGCGGUGGCCGCCACGAACUACUAGACAUGUUCUCUACAAGUUCUGGCCCUACUCCACGCCUCAUCGUGGUGGUAGGUCGCCUCGUAGUACGAGUUCGGGCCCGAGCUGGUGUAUUUUUUAGCGAAACGUGCGGGUUUUCAGCGAUUUAUUCAUGCGACGCGGGGCCACGCGAAGCGAUUCAGCGCUGAUCUGUGGUUGUUUCUGACGUCGCUCCAGCGAGCUCUUAUUACAUCGCGACGUCUACCUCUCUACAAAGCACACAUACAGAGUCUCAUAGACAUGUCUCAGCAGAGGCAAAAAGCCGCACGGCGGCCCUACGAGUCAUUCCCUUGGAUUGGUACCCGUUUGCUCAGGUUCUUUUUCUUGUUUUAUGGAUCUGGUGUGGUGGUCCUGGGCGUCUGCGCGGCGAAGGCCGGCUUCGGCGCGGCGGCGGCCCACGUGCGGGCCUACCAGCGCGCGCGCCAGCGGGCGAGGGAUAGGGUUUGGACUGAUGCGGGCGAGUACGGAAGCCGCUUCUGGACUGAUGCGUGUGUGUUAGAACACCUCCGCGGCCGCAACUCCAAGCCCUCGCACCACGUGAGCGCGGUGCCGACUCGAGACAUCUGCACGCUCAGUUACGUCGGCUACGCCCUCAAGGAGCCCCAGGCCAUGGCCUCGGCCAGCGCUACCUUAGAAGACUUUUUGUCAAACGGUACGGUGCUUUGCAGCCCGUUCGGCGACUGCGUCAUCGUCCCCAGCCACGGCGCGAACGGUGGCCUCGAAGGCAGCUGCGCGGUCACCUUCGUCGGCGAGCGCGCCGAGGCGCACCGCAUAGAAGAGCGCGACGCCGUCGAUCACGCCUGCAUCUCCAACCUCUCGCACUACAACGCGAGCUCGGGGCCGAUUCGGGGCUCCGUCCUCAACGACGUCUGCAAUCUCAGCGACGCGCGCUCCCUGGUCGGUUCCCACGUCGAGGAGUCCCAGGCCAUGGUCUGGGUCAGCGCUACGGUGAAUGCGUCGAUGCCGUGGCUGAAGUUCGGUUCUCUGGCGGCGGCGUGCGCCGGGCCCCGCCGCGCGGUAGUACCGUUGCUUUUAUCUACGUCGGUCAACGGUGUCAGUGCCGCCGACGACGAAAGAUGGGUCACGACGGUACGCAGAAGGUUGGACGGGAUUGUUAGCCGUCUCGAGAGGGACGGAGGACCGCAUCCCGGGGUUGAAGUAGUUGGAAAGUGCCUCAGGUGGUGGGAAUCGUCCGCCGAGGAAUCGUCCGGCGAGGACUACUACUUCAUGAAGAUCAUUCAUUAUGAUGAGACGUCCAAGAUGCACGACUGUACGUAUAUUGACUGCUACGAGGACGGAGGGCACUGCUCUGAAGAAUCCGAACGUAUCGACCUCUCAAAGAACCCGGACAUCAUACCUUGCAAGGAAGAAUAUGUAGGCUUGACGAUCAAGGUCUACGAGGGUAUGUGCUCCGAGAAUUAUAAGGAGGGAAAGAUAGUAUUCUACGACGAGUCUACGGACGAGUUCGUCAUGAAAUUCCCGGACGACACGGAGGAACGUCAUGUUCUAGAAGUGCACAGCAUCCAGUUCUGCGACGUGCCGCGGGACAUGGAGGUCUGCCCCUACGGCGCCGACGACCCCUGCGAGGGCGCGUGCGAGAACGACUGCAAGAUGGACGAGGUCGGCCAGACCUGCUCCGCGGAGGGCCCCGAGGAUGAUGGCGACGGCGACUGUACGAUGAGCCUCUAUAAGCCCGGCGACGCCGUCGAGGUGAAAGUUAACGGGAGGUACUACGCCGCGAUUGUAAAAAGAGUGAGAGAUUCAGACGGUCGUUUAGCAGUCUUUUACAAGGUGCCUUAUCCCCCGCCGGGGAAGAACAGCGAGUCCGGCAUCGAGCUGUCGCGCGUCCGGUGGCCUACUGAUGGCGAGGAUUGCUCCGAGGACAACGCCGAAGACGACCCCUACGAACGUGGUCACCGCGUCGAAGUGAAGGUCAACGAGGAUUGGUUGCCGGGGAAGUUGGAUCGCCAAAGGAAAGAAGGCACGUGGUAUGUUAUUUAUGACGACGGCGAUACCGAGAGCGGUGUCCCCGAGUCGCGCAUAAGAAGGGUUGAUGAUGAGGAGGAGGACCCCGUGGACCCCCUCGUCAACACUUGCGUUCUCACGGAGACUAAAGAACUAGAAGCGACGAAGAAAGUACUCGAGGCGUUCAACGUGGUGCCGGACAAGACCGGGUUGGCUCAUCUGAUGGAGACGACGAACAAAGCCUUGACGAUCAAGCUCGAGAACCACGUCACGCUCUCGCGGGAGACGGACUGUUUUACGAAGAUGCGGAGCGCUGCGCCCACGUUCAUGAUGUGGAAGCGCUGUACGAAAUGGGCUCUUCAGCGGUGUGCAUGGUGGAAAAAUCCGCGGUCCAAUCCCGAAAAUCAGAAAGCAUCGGACAAGGUCGCCUUGCAAUUAUGUCCGCUUUACGAGAGCCUCGGCGUGACUAGUUUUCACGGCCGCGUCAAGGGCCCGUACAGGGUCGUCUCUCAUGUGAGCGAGGGUAAACGAGUGCGCCACGGCCAGCUGACGAGUGUGAAGAAAGGUGCAGGUUGGCACCUCGGGACCGACAUUACCUGCCUUAUGUAUAAGGGCGUACAGAUGGCGGUGCGGCUGGACUACCUGGAUGAGUGGAUCCCGGAGCGCUUCUCCUGCACGUUCGCGAAGUACAGCGCGACGCGCACGCUGGCCCUCAACUGGGCCGAGGGCUUCUUUGGGGACGAAGAGCUCUGCGACGCCUGUCAGUACCCGCGCGACGCGAAGGCGCGGAAUUGGGAUCUCCUACAAGCACCUUUAAAGAAGGGCGCCGUGAUGUACGUGGGCGUCUCGGGGGCGCACUACAUCAAGCACGCGCUCAAGAGAAACUCCGAGGGUUUGAAUCCGCCCAUGUUCAUCGGCAAGGUGUUCGACGCGACGGACUACGACGCGUCGGACUGCUCCCUCAAAGACAUUGCGCCGAAGGAUCGCCGCGCGGACGCCGAUUAUUGGGAGAAGUUCGUUGCGCAUCACCGCGUCGACGCGAAGCUCUACGAAGCCUUAGAUGCAGCGGGGCAGAUUCCCUCGUUGAAGACGAGCCGAGGGGCCGUGUCUCCGGUCUUCGAGUACAACCAGCUGGUGGUCCCGUUGGACGUCGGCAGAGGCCUCUCCCGCGGCACUACGGACGUGGCCAAGGGCGUCGAGAUCGGGUUCGUCUUCAAAAAGGUCUUCUACGGGAACGAGCACACCUUCGAGAACCUGAAGAAGUGGGAUCCCUCGUGGCAGAUUACUAAGGACUUUUUGCGGUUGGCGGGCGUGGCGUCGUUCGACGAACUCACGUUAGCUCCGCUGCCGAAGAAGCCCGGGUACGUGAUCGACUACGGGUUCCAAGGGAUUCGCUGGCUGCCCGCGGGCCAGGUUGCGUCCUCGCCGGGAGGAGGGUUGCGUGUGAAGCGCAAGCGAGACGAGAAGGACGGCCGGGAGAUGCGGUGCUACCGCGCGAACUGCCCGUACAAGAAGGCAUGCGGUUCCGAAUACCAGUGGUUAUACUGCCCGCAGAACGGGGUCUGGAAGGACGACGCCGUGCUCGAGUCGAAAGAGUUCGGGGUGCAGUGCCCGAAGUGUCGGCGGGGGGGUUGCAAGUUCGUGCAGUAGAGCAUCACGGAGGCGCGAAGCGUAAGGGACCGAAGC